GAGAGAGUCCACAGGACGUGAGUGCCGGCAGCAGAGGAGGAGGAGGAGGGGGGAGCUUCCAGACUGGAUGACUGGAUGGGCCCAGCAAUGCCUUGAUGGAGCAUGGGCCAGGUUUUAGGAUUCUCCCACUGCCAGGAAUAUGGCUCCGUGGCAUCCACUCCAGACUCAACUCCUCCCUGCACUGAUGGUGGAAAUGAGGAGUCAGAGAUGUAUGAGCUGCACACGGCCAGGGAGUGGUCCGACGAUGAUGAGGGGGCCGAUGGAGAUCCAGAUGAUGAUGAUGAUGAGGGACUGGCUUCAUCCCCGUCUAUUUGGGGCACACCGCGUCAGAACUCCUUCGAGCAGACUUUCUCCUACAUCGCUAUUGCCGAGGCUGAAGCAGUGGGCGCCUCUAGACUCCUCCGCGAUCGACGCAGGGCUGGUUCUCGAGGCAGUCGCACUCCUCUGAUGCGCACGGACACCCUGGAAACACUGUUGGACUCCCCUGAUGCAGACUGGGAUCCUCAACUGUUCCUCGGUAGAGAGGAAGAAGAGGAAACGUCAGAAAGCAGAGAGCAUGAGAGAGUUGAGACGAGGACAGAAAGUGCUGGAGAAAGAUGGGAAAGGGAGCAACAAAGACAAACUGAAACUAUUACAAUUCAGCCCUCUCCCCAAAACCUGGACCCAGAACCUCAAGAGAGAGAUGAAGGAGUUCAAAGAGAGGAGAGUGUUGACGAGAGUGUGGAGAAUUCCCCUUCCAUCCCGUCAUCCCUGCAACAGAGCCCCUCACAGAUACUUCAGACAGCUGAGCCAGUAUCUCCUGUUGCCAGGGAAACCAUUUCAGUCAAGCUUCUCACAACUGUGCGACCGGGAGACCCAGCAUCAUCUGCGCCGCCUGCCAUUGGCCUAAACACUCAGGAACAACUGGUCAGAGAUCACUGGUUUUCAGCACUUAACCUAACAGAGGACUGGGCAGCAUGCACACACAUAGCAGUGAUGGACUUGAUCUACUGGAAGGACACGGAGCGGAGUGGCAUGGUGCUCACAGGGUUAGUGGUGGGAUUGCUGUCACUGUUCCAGCUCAGCAUCAUCACUGUGGUCUCCACAGUCUCCCUGGCUAUCAUGUGCUUCACCAUCUCAGUACGGAUCUACUACCAACUCCUCUACAUCCUCAGCUGGGGUGAUGGAGAGCAUCCGUUCAAGUCUUAUUUGGACUUGGACAUCAGCUUCAGUGGAGAGCAGGCUGACCUCUAUAUGCAGAAACUCAUUGUGAUGACUCUGUCAGCUGUUGACACUCUGAAGAGACUCUUUUUUGUUGGCAACCUUUUUGAAUCCCUCAAGUUCCUGUUUCUGAUGUACCUUGUGACAUACCUGGGAGACCUGUGCAAUGGCCUUACUUUGCUCAUCAUCAGUGUGAUCGCUGUCUUUUCUCUGCCCCUUUUUUAUAUACGACGUCAGGAGCAGGUUGAUGGCAUUAUUGCAAAAAUCCAGGCCCACAUUGACAACGUCAAGGACAUUCUUCAAAGACUUGUCCAGGGUGGUGGCCCUCCUCCUGAUCCAACUCCUGGUGGUGCCAAACCCAAAACCCAGUAAUCACUCAUGGACAGCGACUUAAAGAGAAGCUACAUGAGUUACAGACUGUCACUCAGAUGUCUUACAUGGCAGUCUGUGCUCAGAGCUCCACAGAACAGAGCUCCAGAAACGGGGAAGGGAACGAAAGGGAGGUUAUUUAAAUGAAUGAUGAUGAGGACUACGCAUGGUACUUCACACUAACUGUAUCCAAGUUAUAGGGGUUAGAGGAUGGGGCUGAGAUGAUUCUGUUUCAUGGUGUAUGAAUCCUUGAUAGGACUCUUGCUGCUGGUUUCGAAGAAGAAGAGAUUCUGCAGCGCAGGUGAUUGCGCAUGACCAUCUUUGGAAAUAUUGUUUUUGACAUGUAAAAAAAUAAUUCAAAAAGUGUCUUAAAUUGAGCUGUAGUCCAAAAUGAGGUACAAGACCAUAAAAGGGAAGUUCCCACACUGACAGCUACACGCCUGAGUAAAGGGAAUUGAGUCGUUGAGGGGAUUUGUGCGAGGAGCACUAAAACAGGGGUCAACACAGAUCACGGCAGCAUAAAACUGGCAAUUAAAGAUGCGUGUGAAAUCACAUGUACAUUUCUCCAUGCAUAUUCAUUCACAUGACUGUUUAUCUGUGUGUAUGCAGGUGUGUAUGGACGUUUCUGUGUUUGUGUGUGCAUGUAUGCGAGUACCUGACAUAGAGCUUGCUCAAACAAAACUGUUACCCAGCAAUUAAAGUCGCAUUUCUUAAUUUUCCAAAAUUUUGUGUUUCUUUUCACCCUCGCAGGCAUCCAUUUCUAUCACCCUUUUUAUGUUUUGUGUGUUUUUUGUUUUUUUUUCUUCAUUUCUUCAUUGCUUACACUAAAAGAUUUAUGGAUGUAGUGAAGGAGGACAUACAGGGAGUCGGUGUGAUAGAGGAGGAUGUUAGGGAAAGGGUGAGAUGGAGGCAGAAGAUCCGCUGUGGUGACUCCUAAAGGGAGCAGCUGAAAGGCACUGCUUUCCCUCCUUUGAUAUAAACAGAAAGAUAACUGAGCUCCUCAGUGACUUUAGUAAUUUGCAAUAUUGUAAAUUUUACGAGAGGAAGUUUUUCACUGGCAGAGUACGAGAGGUGUCAGUGUUGCUAAGGAGUUUCAUGAUUGCGUAUAUGGGCAAUAGACAAAGUGCUAAGAUUUCCCAUGUUCUCUGUGCUCUUGAAGUGUUUUAUCUCCCGUUGUAGAGGAAGCUUGUGAAGGAACGUGAAAGUGAAAUACAGCAGGUGCCUUUUUAACCACAGGUUACAGUGCAUGAUCUGAUUCACAGUACUUAUAACUUGUUUCCUCCAACAAUGCACCACUUCUCGUAUCAGCCUAACCAUUUGUUUCCCAAUAAUGGAGUUUUGUAUAUGUACAAAACUUACCGGGUUCCUAUAUCUGUACAGGGCAAGGUAUCUUAUAUGGAACUGUAAGUAGAUCUGUUUUAGGAAUAAUAAAAUUAUUCAGGA